UUCUGUAGGAGCACGAUAUUUAGAGCACGAUUUUUUUAGAUAUUUAUAUUUUGUUGAUAGAAAAAUAAUUUUUCACUAAAAAUAGUUUUGAAUUUUUUGUCAAGUGAAUAGUAAAAAUAAAUUAAAUUAAAAAAAAAAUUAUAAAGAAUUUUCAAGUGUCUCUCAUGAAAGUGAGAGAGAAAUGAAUGAAAAUGAUUUGUUGGCAUACUGCGUGGAGCUGUCAAACAGCGAAUGUCAAACAAUAAUAAAAAGAAAAAUAUGUAAAAUAUUGAAUAAUUCUUAAAUUGUUUAAAAAUGGAAAACGAUAAUCCUGUGAUAUACGGUCUGGAAUUUCAGGCAAGAGCACUUUCGGCACAAACUGCCGAGACUGACGUUGUUCGUUUUAUGGUUGGAACUCAAUCGUUAAAAUUCAGCAACAAUCAAGUGCAUUUAGUUGAACUUAAUGAAGAAACGGGAAAUUUAAAAACACAAGUUUAUCAACAUCCCAUUGGUGAAAUAUGGUCUUUACAAGCAUCUUCUAUGGAUCCUGAUAAAUUUGUCACUUGUUACAAUACUCUAAAUGAAGAGGGAGUUUGUCAAAUGAAAGGAGCUCUUUGGAAAUUGCCAAUGAUAAAUGAAUCUUCGAAUGAAAAUUCAAAACUUGAAAAAUUAGCCGAUAUUGAUACAACACCUUAUGGAAAUGAUUUGAAAAUAAUUACUUAUCAUCCUAGUGAUGGAUCAAAAGCUGUUUCGGUUGUUGAUAAUAAUUUUAUACUUUGGGAUCUAAAAAAUGAUAAUCCACAGGUAAUUACUGUUGGCACGUCAGGUAAAAAUUCUUCAAAAUUUACAAGUGGAAAAUGGAAUCCACACAAUAGUUGCAAUCAGUUUGUCACGUUAAACGAAAAUAAUGUUCAUGGUUGGGACUUGAGAAAUCCGUCAGAUAUUUCCUGGAAUAUACCAAACGCUCAUUCUCAAAUUGUCAGAGAUUUAGAUUUCAACAGUAAUCGUCAAUAUUUCUUGUCCACUUGUGGUGACGAUGGUUACAUGAAAUUUUGGGAUAUUCGAAUGACCACCGAACCCGUUAUAUCAAGAAUCGAACAUUCCCAUUGGGUUUGGAAUGUUCGAAUUAAUCGCUUUCACGAUCAAUUGGUAUUAACAUCGAGCAGUGAUUCGCGAGUAAUUCUUUGCAGUAUUGCAUCAAUAUCAUCAGAGCCAUUUGGACACGUUGUGUCAACAGAAGAAGAAUCAACACAAGGCGAGGAAACAUCGACCAAAGAAAAACUUGAAGACGGAGUUGUUGGUAGAUUUGAAGAACACGAGGAUAGUGUCUAUGCUGUUGAAUGGUCAUCGGCAGAUCCAUGGACUUUUGCAUCGUUGAGUUACGAUGGAAGAUUAGUUUUAAAUAAAGUACCUCGCAAAUAUAAAUAUCAAAUUCUUUUAUAGAUUUGCAAAAAAUUGUACAGAAUUUAAACAAAAAUUAAAUUAUAUUGAAUUUUUCAAAAUUCAUUUUUAGAAAAACA